CAGAAACAGUAGCACUUCAUUGGUUUUAUUUUAUUUUUUGCAUAUAUCUGUUUGUCUAUCUUUCUUUCUUCUUUUCUUCUCCCACAUCGAAACGAACAAAGGUAGCAAUGAAGAAGAAGAUGAAGGCAAGCACCGCCAUAUCCCUCGUCUUCGCCGCGCUCUUCCUCUUCUCCUCCGUCAACUCCUUCUACCUUCCCGGCGUCGCUCCUCGCGAUUUCCAAAUUGGUGACCCCCUUUCUGUCAAAGUGAACAAACUAUCAUCUACAAAGACUCAACUUCCAUAUGACUACUACUUCUUGAACUAUUGCAAACCCUCCAAGAUAGUGAACAACGCAGAGAAUUUGGGAGAGGUGCUUAGAGGUGAUCGCAUUGAGAAUUCAGUGUAUACGUUUGAAAUGAGGAAGGAACAGUCUUGCACUGUUGUCUGUCAUCAUACGUUAGAUGCUGAAUCUGCAAAGAGUUUUAAAGAAAAGAUUGAUGAUGAAUAUCGAGUGAACAUGAUUUUGGAUAACCUUCCCGUUGCUGUUCGUAGACAAAGGAGGGAUGGAAGUCCCUCAACAACAUAUGAACAUGGAUUUCGUGUUGGGUUCAAAGGAAACUAUCAAGGGAGCAAGGAGGAGAAGUAUUUUAUCAAUAACCACUUGAGUUUUAGAGUCAUGUUUCACAAGGAUCCAGAAACUGGUUCUGCUCGUAUUGUUGGGUUUGAGGUCACCCCAAACAGUAUAAAUCAUGAAUACAAGGAGUGGAAUGACAAGGACCCACAGGUAACAACAUGCAAUAAAGAUACCAAGAAUUUGAUGCAAGGUAGUACAGUCCCACAAGAAGUUGAUACAGGCAAGGAUGUCGUAUUCACAUAUGAUGUUUCCUUUAAGGAAAGUGGUAUCAAAUGGGCAUCACGGUGGGACACAUAUCUUUUAAUGAAUGAUGAUCAGAUCCACUGGUUCUCCAUCAUUAACUCUCUGAUGAUUGUUCUUUUCUUGUCUGGAAUGGUAGCAAUGAUCAUGAUGAGAACUCUUUACAGAGAUAUUGCUAACUAUAAUCAGCUAGAAACCCAAGAUGAGGCCCAAGAAGAAACUGGGUGGAAACUUGUUCAUGGAGAUGUUUUCAGGCCACCAAUCAAUUCGAAUUUGCUGUGUGUUUAUGUUGGUACUGGUGUUCAGAUCUUUGCAAUGACAGUUGUGACAAUGGUAUUUGCUUUGCUAGGGUUUUUGUCUCCUUCUAAUCGGGGAGGUCUCAUGACUGCGAUGGUUCUGUUGUGGGUUUUUAUGGGCUUAUUUGCUGGGUACUCCUCAGCACGUUUGUACAAGAUGUUCAAGGGCACAGAAUGGAAAAGGAAUACCUUGAAAACUGCUUUUAUGUUUCCGGGCAUUCUUUUUGCUGUCUUCUUUGUACUUAAUGCUUUAAUCUGGGGGGAGCAGUCCUCUGGAGCAGUCCCUUUCGGAACCAUGUUUGCUCUAGUCUGCUUAUGGUUUGGUAUAUCAGUACCCUUGGUCUUUGUGGGCAGUUACCUGGGAUUUAAAAAGCCGACUAUUGAAGACCCAGUGAAGACUAAUAAAAUUCCUAGGCAGGUACCUGAGCAGGCAUGGUAUAUGAAACCUGUCUUCUCAAUUCUUAUUGGAGGCAUUCUUCCAUUUGGGGCAGUGUUUAUCGAACUCUUCUUUAUCCUCACAUCAAUAUGGCUGAACCAGUUCUAUUACAUCUUUGGCUUCCUUUUCAUAGUGUUUGUGAUCCUAUUAAUCACCUGUGCCGAGAUUACCAUUGUGCUUUGCUACUUCCAACUGUGCAGUGAGGAUUAUAAUUGGUGGUGGAGAUCGUACCUCACUGCUGGGUCCUCUGCCUUGUACCUUUUCCUCUACUCAAUUUUCUACUUCUUUACAAAGCUAGAGAUUUCAAAGCUGGUCUCGGGCAUCCUCUACUUUGGAUACAUGAUAAUUGUUUCAUACGCCUUCUUUGUGUUGACUGGAACUAUUGGGUUCUAUGCUUGCUUCUGGUUUGUUCGCAAGAUUUACUCUUCGGUGAAGAUUGACUGAUUUUAAGGCCAUCAUAUAGUGGAUGAUUACAUCGGGAACCCGGAAUCCGAGAGGCUUUAACAAUUAGAGGACUCAAAGCAAAUAUUGCCGGGAAGUUACCUUUUUCCCCUACUCCACCCUUGAAAACCCUUUUUGUUUAUUGUUAGAGUAGCAGAUGGAUUGUUAAUUUGUUACAAUGUUUUCAAAUAUUAUUGUGGUAGUUUCUGAAGUAAUGAUAUGUCUGCAUAUUUCAUCA